AUUCAGUGGAUUUAAAGGGGGCGGGACCAUCUGACUCAUCAGAUGAGGAACUGAGCUGAGCCUGGUGUAAACUAGCUGGUUUGCAAGAGAAGCGCUGACAUGUGUGGAAUCUUUGCCUAUCUGAACUACCAUGUGCCACGGACACGCCGGGAGAUCCUGGAGAUCCUCCUCAAAGGCCUGCUUCGUCUGGAGUACCGUGGCUAUGACUCUGCCGGUGUUGGAAUUGAUGGAGGGAACGGCAAGGAAUGGGAGGCCAAUGCCCGGUCUAUUCAGCUGAUCAAGCAGUCCGGAAAAGUGAAGGCUCUUGACGAUGAGCUCACAAAGCAGCAGGACAUGGACAUGGACGUGGAGUUUGAUGUCCACCUUGGCAUCGCCCACACUCGCUGGGCUACCCAUGGUGCCCCCAGCCCUGUCAACAGCCACCCACAAAGGUCUGACAAGAGCAACGAGUUCAUUGUCAUUCAUAAUGGAAUUAUCACAAACUACAAAGACCUGCAGAAAUUCCUGGAGAGCAAGGGUUAUGAGUUUGAGUCUGAGACGGACACAGAGACCAUUGCCAAGCUGGUAAAGUACAUGUAUGACAACCGUGAGAGUGAAGACCUCAGCUUUGCUACUCUGGUGGAGAGAGUGACCCAGCAGCUGGAAGGAGCGUUUGUCCUGGUCUUCAAGAGUGUCCAUUACCCAGGAGAGGCUGUAGGCACCCGGAGGGGAGGUCCUCUGCUUAUUGGGGUGAAAAGUGACCACAAGCUGUCCACAGAUCACAUUCCUAUCCUCUACCGAUCAUCUGGUAAGGACAAGAAGGGCUGCCCCACCCUACCCAGGAUGGAGCAGGACACCUGCCACACGCUCUUCGCUGAGGAAAAGAAGUCUGUGGAGUACUACUUUGCCUCUGAUGCCAGCGCGGUGAUUGAGCACACCAACCGUGUGAUCUUCCUGGAGGAUGAUGACGUGGCAGCAGUGACGGCCGGACGGCUCACCAUCCACCGCAUCAAGCGUACAGCCGGAGACCACCCUGCCCGCGCCAUCCAGACCCUGCAGAUGGAGCUGCAGCAGAUCAUGAAGGGGAACUACAGCUCCUUUAUGCAGAAGGAGAUCUUUGAACAGCCAGAGUCUGUGGUCAACACCAUGAGAGGAAGGGUCAACUUCAAUGACAACACAGUAACCCUUGGUGGACUGAAGGAUCACAUUAAAGAGAUCCAAAGGUGUCGACGGCUCAUCCUCAUCGCCUGUGGCACCAGCUACCAUGCUGGGGUGGCGACUCGCCAGGUACUGGAGGAGUUGACAGAGCUGCCUGUUAUGGUGGAGCUGGCCAGCGACUUCCUGGAUAGAAACACACCAGUGUUCCGUGACGACGUCUGCUUCUUCAUCAGCCAAUCAGGCGAGACAGCAGACAGCCUGAUGGCCCUGCGCUACUGUAAGGAGAGAGGAGCCCUGACUGUGGGCGUCACCAACACAGUGGGCAGCUCCAUCUCCAGAGAGACAGACUGUGGGGUGCACAUCAACGCUGGGCCAGAGAUAGGAGUGGCCAGCACCAAGGCCUACACCAGUCAAUUUGUGGCUCUGAUCAUGUUUGCGCUGUUGAUGUGCGACGACAGGAUUUCCAUGCAGCCACGGCGACGUGAGAUCAUCCAGGGCCUGAGAGUUCUGCCAGAUCUGAUAAAGGAGGUGCUUAGUCUGGAUGAUGAGAUCCAGAGGCUGGCAGCAGAGCUGUACCAGCAGAAGAGUGUUCUCAUCAUGGGCCGAGGCUACCACUAUGCCACCUGCCUGGAGGGAGCUCUGAAAAUCAAGGAGAUCACAUACAUGCACUCAGAGGGCAUCCUGGCCGGGGAGCUGAAGCACGGGCCUCUGGCCCUAGUCGACAAGCUCAUGCCUGUCAUCAUGAUCAUCAUGAGAGACCACACCUACACCAAGUGUCAGAAUGCACUGCAGCAGGUGGUGGCCCGUGCGGGCCGACCCAUCGUGAUCUGUGACAAAGAUGACUACGAGACUGCCAAGAGCUCAAGCCGCACCAUCAAAGUGCCGCACUGUGUGGACUGUCUGCAGGGCAUCCUGAGUGUCAUCCCCCUGCAGCUGCUCUCCUUCCACCUGGCUGUGCUCAGGGGCUUUGACGUGGAUUGCCCAAGGAACCUGGCCAAGUCUGUGACUGUAGAGUGAAAUGCAUCCUUUUGAAGAUCCAAAAACCCAUUUCAGAAACUUUCCUGUUUUGUGUGUCAUUGCUCUUUUUAAUGCAAUUGUUACUCUGGUACACUAAACAUGUACUGUAUCUGUCUCUUUUCUCAAAACACACAUCUGAAGACAUUGUUACAUCAUAGAUAUGAUUUUUUUUUUUUGGGGGUCAGUGGUGGGAAGGGUUGGCAGUAAAUGUUGGCAUUUGGGUGCUACCAUGGGUUACUGGACUGUAGGCAGUUAAUGAUCCAACUGAAGAAAAGACUGAGCUGUAUCCAUUUUGGAUGAUACACUUCAGUGCUCAUAACUUAAAUGUUGGAUACUUGCUGCUGGUUUUACAUUUAAUUCAGCUGUUGUCAAGAGUCUGCACAUGAAAAUCUUACUGAAGUUACUGGUUAUUUUGGUGUUUCAUUGGUGCAAUAAUUUGGUUGGUUGAGAUCUGUUUUCUUUGGCAGCUAGAGAAACAUCUGUCGUUUUGAAAUGUUUAUCUGUUACGCUUGUGUGUGUUGAGUAAAUUAUUAAAGGGGCGGUGCAGUUAAGUCA